AUGCUUAUUAUUGGUCUGAUCGGUUCAUUGGCAAGCGGCAAACAUUUCAUAGCUGAUAUUUUUCGUAAGAAACAUGGCUUUAUUGCACUUGAAUACAAAGAUUUCAAGAGUCAAAAACAGGAUGCAGCUAAAGAAUGUCUCGAAAAGGUGAAGGAAGCAUGGCCAAAGAAUAUCGUUGUCAUCGGUAUAGAUUCGCUGAAGACAUUAACAAAAAUGCGGGAUAAUCCUCAAUUCUUUGGUAUUGGCGUCGAAGGACCAGUGAUAUUACGUUUUCAACGUCGUAAACACGCGAUACUCGAUUCUUUAGAAAAAUUUGUACAAGUGGAUGAUUUUUUACAAUUUGGAGUGAAGUCGCAUGAAUCCGAUUUUGAAAAGCUAUUGGUUAGAUUACAUUUAGAGGAUGAAGAUCUUUCACCUUUAAAUAAAUGUAUGGAUAGCUGUGAUCUACGAUUGAUUAUUAAUACAAACGAUCAAGCGGAUUUGGAAAGCAAAAUAGAGAAAUUGUUAACAGUAGAAUCAAAAGCUCAACAAUUAACCACAACACAUUUGUUGUGUCCAAACUGGGAUGUUUACUUUUCAAUGGUCGCUUGGAUCACAGCCUCUCAUGGUAAUUGCGUACGCCAUCGUGUUGGAUGCAUCAUUGCUGAUACAGAUCAACGCAUUGUUGCAGCUGGUUAUAACGGUACUCCAGAUAAUAUAAAAAAGUGUGAUCAAGGUGGAUGUGAACGUUGUUGGGAUAUGUCUAUUGACUCAGGUGAACGAUUGGACGAAUGCAUUUGCAUUCACGGAGAAGAAAGUGCACUAUUAGAAGCAGGUCGACGUCAGUGUUGCGGUGCAACCUUGUAUGUUACCCAUAGUCCCUGUAGACAAUGUUCAAAAAAAAUUGCACAAAGUGGUAUAAAACGUGUUGUUUAUUCUCAGGAAUACUCUUCUGGUUUGGAACGUGUUCGUAAACUGUUCAAAGAAGCAGGUAUUGAACUGGUCAAACAAGAAUUGCAAACCGUUCCUCGAUUAAUCAAGCUUAUUUGA